UUCCUUUUAUAUAAUCAAUCAAUAAUAAUCGUCGCGGAAAUAAAUUAUGAUCCAUUAAUCAAGGCAUACCAUUCGUGUCGAAUUAAGUUGCGCAAGGUCGCCCCGAGAGACGAAAGUAAGGUCAGCUGAUAGAAAUCAAUAUUCCCCGAAUCGUCGCGCAACACGGCCGCACCAAGACCACACCUUCGCUUUUAAUUCCAUCCGCGCUCAUUAAGCGGCAGGCAAAGGCAGAAAAAGAAAGCACAAGGUAUUUUCUCAUCGCGUUUAGACACGUCCGGGAAUUCGAGGCGGGAAAGCAUGGACGGCUGGAAGAGCUGGAAAAGAUCGGACAGCUCGUUUCUCUCGGCAUGGUACCAGCGCGUGAGAGAGUCCUACGUCGCACUCUGGUUCUUCGGGGUGUUUCAGAACAGCAGGACAAUGUCGACGAGCACCGUCCCCGGCGGCGGAGGCGGAGGUGGAGGUGUCGGCGGUGCCCUCAGCCUGAUGGGUUGCGUGAGGGAGGCCUCGCCGCCCCCUCAGAACCAUCAUCAUCAGCAGCAUCAUCAUCAUCAGCAGCAUCGCGCUUUUGGCCUCGGCGAGUUCCCGGCGACUCAGCCUAGCGUCGACCCUUUGCCCAAAGAACCAAAGAAGCGUCGUUUUCAUCCUCUACGUGGUCUCCGGAAAAUUUUUCGACGGAAAAGCCGCGGCGCCGCCGAUAUACGUUCCGUUUCCAAUUCAACCGAUCGGGAUGCAGAGUUGGCGCGCAUCCCACGGGAUGAGAUCACGAUGAGGCAUCCCGCAGGACGUCCCGAGGAAGCCCGCAGCAGAAGCGCCAGUGAGCUUCUUACCGAUUCCUGCGAUCGGGAAAGUGAACUACGCGUUCGAUCAUCGGAAAGAUGCAAUUUCCUUGCAUUUUUCAAGACACGUGGAUCUUUUAAACACGUUUUCCUCCGAAGAGGCGGAGUGGAAGACAACUUCGUCAAGUUACGAGGAGGUGCCGGCAAGUUGUCAGUGUCUCAUGACAGCGUUUUCCCGGGAGAAGUUCCUCACACUCGGCCUCUUUCCUCGCUGGCCAGUCUGGCGACGCUCGAGCGGAGGCAGGCCAGGAAGAGUAACGAGAUCAUCGAGCACAAGGAAUACAAUCAUCAUCAUGUCGCACAAAGGCACCGGAUAUCCCUUCGGGUACUCGAGCAAAUAAAAACGGUCAUAGAGAACCGGAAUCAGCUGGCCUCGACGACCUCGCCGGAUACGGCCAACAUAGCGCACGCUGCCGGCGAGCGGUAUCAGCAGGAAACCACCGAGAACCGCUUCACCGUCUUCGAGAGACACGGGGAGAGGAGCGGCGCGGAGGAGAAUCAGCAGACGAAGAUUACGAGACCAACAAAGGACACGCUCGAUCGAACUGUUCCGGUAGCCAAAGAAGAUUUACCGGAGUUAGAAAGCGCGAGCCUGAAUCACACGGCGGCGCAUCACCGGAUCUCCGUGCGUCCAAAGAAUCGACGUCCGCCGCGUCGCAUGACGCCAACGACGACACCGUCCAACGGUGCCAUGCCCAGUUCGCCAUCGAUACCACCGACCAUCGUCGAGGAUACCCUGGACAGUCUGGAGCAGCAAGAGCAACAGCAGCAGCAGCAGCCUCAGCCAACCAGUAACGCGUCGUCGCCGACCGAACCGCCCAAAACAAUCGGCGUGACCAGGAAGUCAUCCAGCCGAUUGUCUCGCAACUCCGACAUCUUCGAGGAGUUAGAGUCGAGGCUACCGCGAAAACCGAGCGCUACGUCGUUGUCGCCAGACAGCCUGGAUGCUACGACCGCGUCGCGAAGCAGCGCCGAGAUGACCGCCGCUACCGAGGAGCAGCAACAGCCGGAAGUCCGAUGGAUGUCGGUCGCCAGAAGGCCGUCCAAUCGGAUAUCCAAGGGUUCCGACAUGUUCGAGGAGCUGGAAGCGAAGCUACCGCGCAGGAGAUCUUCAUCGAAUCGAUUGUCCAAAUCGCCGGACAAUCUGGACUCAUCUCCCGGCUGUUGGUUCUCCAAAUCCACCGAAGAGAGUUUUGACAAGUUAGUGGAGUACGAAGAGACCGCGAAACCGGUGGCCUCGGUCAGGAGACAACUGCUGAAUCCGAUCUCGAAGUCUACCGAUCGCGUUUCCAAGUCGUCGGACAGUCUAGAAGCGAUUGAACCGCUCGCCAGCGACGAUUCGAUGGAGCGACGACGAAGCAGCUUCGACUUCCGGGCACAUAAAAGUUCAAAGAUGAUGUCCAAGUCGUCGGAGAGCUUUGACAUGCUCGAGCAGAGCGGGUACAUCGAGGAAGUCGGUCAAGAAUUGCAGAAGAGAAGCAGCGUGUCCGACAUCAAUCUAUCACGCGGCAGGAGACUAUCGAAGAGUAUCUCCAAAUCGUCCGAGAGCUUCGAGAAAAUUGACACGAGCGAGACGAAGGCGGAUGACGUCGAGGCGGAAUUGAUACUGGAGGACGACACGCCGAAGACGGGCGUCAGACGCUCGAGCAAGAGAAUGUCUUCGGAGAGUUCGGAUAAUUUAGACGUGGAGGACAGGCUGGAGAACAGGAGAGUUAGAAGAACGCCUAAAAGAGUACCGAGCACCAGCGUAGUAGAUGUAGUGUCUGGAGAUGAUCACGAGGGAGAGAAGCGACCGAUUCCUACCAGGAAACCAUCGAGGCUGCAGAAAUCCUCUGAAAGUUCAGAAUUGGGUAGCACAGACACCUUGGAUUCGGAGAGGAGGAAUAAGUCAUCAGAGAGCACCGAGACGCUGGAUAGUCUGGAGAAAGAUUUGGAGCAGGACAGGAAGGAGGAGGAGAUCACGGACAGUGUGAUAGAUAGGCGCGAGAAAAAUGACUCUUGGUCCAGCAGAAACAUACCAGCGACUGACUCUGAUCAAACAUCGAUGGGAGACGACACGGAAGAUUCCAAGUCGCUCAUCUCCGCCGAUAAUAAAUACUAUUGGCGCCAAUCUUCGGAACCGGUAUCUAAGGAUAAUUUAGGUAUCCAACAAUUAUUUGCCAUCACAAUAAUGACCAGAAUGGCCGACAAUGGAAAUAAUCAACGCGGCUCUGUCAUCUAUCCGAAGAAGAAGCAGCAAAUGAGCACGUCGCAGCCGACAUCGCCGGUAGCCAAGCAAGAGGACACGAAGAUGCUUUUUGACAAUCUGCUAGUGAGCAAUAAGAAUGAUGAGGAUCUGCAGAACAUGCUCAAUGGAAACAUAUCGGAGGUGUCGACCGACACCAAAAGCUUCAAAGAGAAACUUAUCAUGUUCGAGAAACUUGGGAAAUGAACGCGCAGCGACAGAACGAUUUAGAAUCGUUCUCUUGCGAUUCUCUUAAGGUUGCUUUGAUAGUGACUGAAGUUUAAUGUAGGGAGAGAGAAGAUACGAGAACCGUGAAAAGAGAUAAACGAUCUCGCUUAAUGCUUGAUAAAUACAUAUGUUCUAGAGUAGUGUUCUCGAUAUUGGACGAUCAUGAACGAGUAAAAUAAAAGAAUUAGAAUGCAGACUAACUAUUUUUCAUAGAGGACCUCUUUUGAUCAUCUGCAGAGCUGUGGACUUGAAAUAAUAAAAAAUUCAUUCAACGAGUAAUUGUACGGAUAAAAAUAGUAAAUCGCGGGAAAAAUAUUCUUUUAAAUAUAUAUAUAUUUAGAGAGAAAAUAAAAAUCUCUAAGAGAUAUCAUAAACGUUUGGUAUUUAGAUUUCUAAAUAAUUUGCUCGCAUAUUUGUAUAUCAAUUAAUCAAAAUAUAAUCAUAAUUAAUAAUCGCGGUAUCUUCAAAAAUCGAGAAAAACUCUGACCAUAUAGUAGGCCUUGCUUCGUCGUCGCAUCGCAUUUAUUAAAGAAAAAGAUUUAUUUGCGACGAUAAUUUUUAAACUCGCUUUUUAUACAAUUAAAAAUUGUAUAAAAAAACAAUUGAUGAGAUUAUAUCUGAUCGCGCAUGAUGUUCAUCGUCACGGAAAUAUAUUUGCGAAUACGCGUACAUUCUCGUAGGGAGUCUUAGUUCACUCGCAGAUAAUUGUACAGUAGUUUAGCAAAGAUGUGAUCCUCUCGGCGUGAUGCAUUUAUAAAUACCGUGUAUUAUCUCAUAUCGUGUAAAUAUGAAAAGAAUAUGUUGUACGUUAUCACUUUAAUGAUUAUGAAGAAAAAAAUAUAUAAAUAUGUAUCACAUUAUAGUAUUAACGUUGAUAAAUGUAGAAGAGACAUGAAAUGCGUAAGCUGUACGACGAUCUAAGAAAUGUUACGUACGUGCAAUUGUAUAUUUUCGCUCUCGAAAACUUCAUUUAUUUUAUAUAAACAAGAAUGUAUUAAUCUCCCACACAGAUUAUCUAGAUGGAAUGUGUAAUUCAAAUUACGCAAAACUGACCCAUAACUCCUCGAUGAAAUGUAUCACAAAGUGAUAUUAAUAAUACUUGGUCUCGAUUUAAUUAAAUGUCUACGAAAUAUUAUUAUAAAGAAGAUAAUAUAUAUAAUUGUGAAAUUAUCGGCAAUAGCAUGUGAUUAUUACAUUUUUCUUGCUGAGGCGUAGAAAAGGCUGUAUGGAGCAUAUCGUCUUAUACUCGUCGACUUUCGCGAGGGAGAAGUGACUUUUUAGUAGCCUUUCAAGUGCCUUACCGAACUGAAAUCAAGGAACAAUACGAAAUACGAUUGUAGGACAACGCGAAAACGUAUCGUCAGCCCCUUCCUCAGUUAUUCAAAUGAUGGACGUACGUUCCGGAUCCCGAAAGAUGCAAAGAUCGUCUCUUAGAAUAAAUAGGAAAACUGGAUUUUAACCACCACGUCUCACUGUAAUAUUAUGUAAUAUUAUACAGAAUAACAAGAGAAAUUCUACACACAGCAUACAUACACGCGCGCAUUUACACUGAACAGACUUUUCUUUCCAUUGAUGUAAAUAAAGCUGCCAUCGCAAAUUA